AUAAUCUCCCUUAUUUAACACUCCCCCCACUCUUCACCUACUUCCUCUCUCUCAUCAAAAACAUUUUCUUUUGCUUUUCACUUCGUCUGUUUUUGCCUUCCCUGUUCUAAACAAUCUUAGAUUCCUGUACCACUCUUUACAUAUAUUGAUUGAGCUCUCUAUAUUUUUACGAGCCAGAUAGUGAAAAUUAACUCAUCUUUAAUACCCAGAUUCCAGUUUCUGUUUUUUUUUUUUUAUUCUAAGGUUUGGAAAGGGAAUUGAAGUUGAGGAUGGAGAACAACCAGCAAUCGUUUUGGCAAUUCAGUGAUCAACUUAGGCUCCAAAAUUCGAACUUGGCUAACCUUUCACUCAACGAUUCGAUAUGGAGCAACAGUUAUGUUUCAAAGAGGCCUGAUGAAAGGAGGAAUUUUGAUAUCAGAGUCGGUGGUGAAGUGAAUUCUGUUAACAACUUGAAGCCGAAGGUCUCUGAUUUCAAUUCCUUCAACAAUGAUGGAUGGAAAAUUGGAGCCAGUAGCAACAACAUCGGGUUCGGUCCAAUUGGUCCGAUGGGGUCUCAGAAGAAUGUUGGAAUCAACGGAGGGUUCAACAAAGGGAUUUAUUCAAAACCGGGAAAUAACAAUAAUUUCAAUCUUAACUUGAAGGGGAACAAGAAUAAAGGAGAGGAUGAUCAUGGAAGCAAAAUUGGGAAGAAGAACAAUAACAAGAAGAACAAUAACAAUAACAGCGACAAUAAUAACAACAAUAUCGGUGAUAAUAAGGAGGGGAAGAGCGCUGCUGACAAGAGGUUCAAGACACUGCCACCAUCUGAGGCUUUGCCUAGGAAUGAGACUGUUGGAGGCUACAUCUUUGUUUGCAACAACGAUACCAUGCAGGAGAAUCUCAGGAGACAGCUCUUUGGUUUGCCUCCACGUUACCGAGAUUCAGUCCGGGCGAUAACUCCAGGGCUGCCUCUUUUCCUCUACAACUACUCCACCCACCAACUCCAUGGAGUAUUUGAGGCUGCAAGUUUUGGAUGCACAAACAUUGACCCAACAGCCUGGGAGGACAAGAAAUGCCCUGGCGAAUCACGAUUCCCUGCUCAGGUUCAGGUUAUAACAAGGAAAAUCUGUGAGCCACUUGAAGAGGACUCCUUCAGGCCAAUUCUCCACCACUAUGAUGGUCCAAAGUUCCGCCUUGAGCUGAACGUUCCAGAGGCACUCUCCCUCUUGGAUAUAUUUUCUGAACAAAAUGCUUUGAGCAGCUUUGUAUAAACGCAUACAGAUACAAAUACACAGGAUGAUGGAAGAGAAGAGUUGAAGAAUAACUAGAGAAAUAGAUAUAUAGUAUAUUGGGAAUUGGGAUUUUAAGACUAUGGAUAGGGAGGUUGAUUUGCAUGCAUGGAUAUACAGUCUGUGAGAUGUAUAACUUUUUGUUCACAGGCUGCUGCGAACCUGUUGUUGCCCUUUUGUUUCUGUUAUUCGGUUUGCCAUAUGCAUAAAUAAUACCUAAAACUAAUGAUAAACAUAAACUUUAUUUGUGGUGACAUAUAUAAUUUGAGUUCUGUUUGCA